GAAAUGGGAUCCUUCAUCCACGCAGUCGAAGAUGAGAUGCUUUGCUCGUCCCUCAUUGCAGACAAGGUUCCAUACUUUAACGCACCCAUCUACUUGCAAAACAAAUCUGUCAUCGGAAAGGUGGACGAAAUCCUUGGGCCGAUCAAUGAAGUGUAUUUUUCUGUAAAGAUGGGUGACGGCAUGGUCGCGAGCAGUUUUAAGAAGGGAGACAAGGUGUACAUCGCGGGGGACAAGCUCCUGCCGAUAGAGCGAUUCCUGCCAAAGCCAAAAAUUGUCGGAGGU